GGGGGGGCGGGGGCAGGGCGAGGAUGGCGGCGCGGCGGUGAAUUGUCGGCGGCCGCGAGCCCCUCCUCGCCCCGCGGCGGGGCGGCGGCGGCAGGAUGGUGCAGUCCUGUUCCGCCUACCGCUGCCGGAACCGAUACGACAAAGAGAAGCCCAUCUCCUUCCACAAGUUCCCCCUGACGAGGCCCGACCUGUGCAAGAAGUGGGAGGCGGCCGUGAAGAGGAAGAACUUCAAGCCCACCAAGUACAGCAGCAUCUGCUCCGAGCACUUCACGCCCGACUGCUUCAAGAGGGAGUGCAACAACAAGCUGCUGAAGGAGAACGCGGUGCCCACGAUAUUCUGCUACACCGAGCCCAAUGAAAAGGCUGAAGAAUUUCCAGAACAGCCAGAAGAUCCACUACCGCCUCCACCACCACCGCCACCUCCGCCGCCACCACCACCGCCACCACCACCAGCAGCUCCUGUGCUACUGCCCUCUCCAUCAACUCCUUCUUUCCAUUUAGCUCAAAUAGAUGCCAGAUUUGUAGAUCCAAGUAUUGGAUUAUUGAUGCCUCCUCUCCAGACCCCUAGCAAUCUUGCAGUUUUUUGUGAUCACAACUAUACCGUAGAGGAUACAGUUCAUCAGCGAAAAAGAAUUCAGCAGCUGGAGGAACAAGUUGAAAAACUGCGAAAGAAGCUCAAGACUGCGCAACAGCGAUGCCGGCGUCAGGAAAGACAAAUUGAAAAACUGAGGGAGAUUGUUCAGUUUCAGAAGGAAAAAGACAUACUGUCAGGAAAAGGCUAUGUGAUUCUGCCCAAUGACUAUUUUGAAGUUGUAGAAGUACCUGCCUAACAGUCAUGAACGUCAGCUUUCACUUUGCUAGGCCAAGACAUUUAGUUUAAAAACUAAAUGCUCUCUAAUUCUGUGUGAGACUGUCCAGAAUUCUAAACCAGUAAAUAAGCUGUCAUACAAAGGACACCACAUAUUUUUCUUCGUUUUCACUUCAGUUCAAUAUGUUUUUAAUAUACGGAAAAUGCAAGCAUCUCAGAAUUAGAAUGUGCAUUUAGUUUAUGAAAUCUGAAUUGCUUUACAAGAGGAAAGGAUGCAGGGUUAAAAUGCACUUAAAAUCUGUACAAUUUUUAUUUGUUUCUAACAGCGGCUGUCUUAUGCUUACACGGGAUAGGAACUGAAUCUGGCUGAGAGUGAAGUUGAGGUUGUCGUACACUUGGUGCAAAACUUUGUCAAGGCAUUUAAUAUUGGCUUAGGUGAUCCCAAGGAAGUAGUUUUCUUUGGUUUCAGAAGGAGUGGAAUUAGGCCAGCUAAGAAUACCUGCAAGCACUGCCUUGCGUAGAAAAAGAUAAUUUACAUAUUUCAGCCUGGGAAACUUCCAACCUCAGCUUGUUAUGCCUUCAAAGCACUGCAAAAAGUCUAAUUCCUGGAUCCCUUUUGGUGAGGUUUGUAAAUGAGCCUUUUCUUUUGGAGUAACAUAUACCAACGUGUGUGUGAGAGAGAAGGGGAUAUUUCCUUAGUGUAGCUAACUGGAGCUGUAGAGGAUUUUGUUCUGAGGGUACUUAAAAGCCCUGCUGAAACACAGUACUGCACUGAACGUGCAUAUUACCAGAUUGCUGGCAGGAUCAAGAAGGCAGUAUACUGUUUAGGGUGACUGCUUUUCAAAAGUGCCCUAACAAUACACAGUCGUCCCCAGCAUGCUGGAGUAUGCCAUCCCAUAAGCACUGUCACGGGUGGAAUGUUGUCCUCGUCUUUGAAAUUUUUGGUCUUAGCUUGCAUCUCAAAUACGUUUGUAGCUUCAUGAAAUGAAGAAAUUUGUUUUUCCUUGUCUGGGGUGCUGGACUCUUUCUGCUUUAAUUACAGCAUACUCUAGUUUUCUUUUUCUCCUUCUUUUUCUUUCUUACUUUUUUUUUUCCUUCCCCAAAAGGCAUCUGGGCAGAUAUGGAAUUAGACUUCGGGAGUUGCUUGGUGCUAGACUGGUUUUUAAUAUCUCAAAUGCUGCUGCCUCUCCUUCAGCCUUAUUAAGAGCCUUUCUAAAAAUGAAUUUAACAUUCGGUGCAGCAGUUUGCACUUACUGUCCAAUAAUUUGUUUAGUCAACAGACUCAUUCAAAAUCGGAGAAUGACAUCAUGCUAACGUUAUUGUAGCCUUCACAGCUGAAAUUCCCUGACAUAAUAGACAUGAGGAGAAUGACUUUUCUCCAUCCAUGUCAAACCUGUGUGUAGUGUGAAAUCUAGCUCUGGUGUUAAUCAAGCCCUGUUCAUGAUGGCUUUAAAAACUUCCCUUAAUAUUCUGUUAGCAUGACAUUCUGAAAUGUUUAGAACCAGUCUUGAUACUUCUGACCUCACUCAUGCUGUGUAUCUACUUUCCCUGGCAUUUCAUAUACUUAAAAUGAACAAAAAUUGCUGAUGCAUCCUUUUCUGUACAUUUAUUAUUCCUGAUUAAAAAUAAAAAGCAAA